CUGCCCUAGUAUUUUUUUAAGAAAAUAGAAUUCGACUGAUUAUAGUUUAGCCCAUUUAUUUAUAAACUAUAACCCUAAACACUAAACAGAACCCAUCAUAUAUUGAUCGGGCCAAGGCCCAAACUCUGUAUUUAGCAUCUCUAGGUUUUAAUCGAUAGUCGCAUAAUCUCAAUACCUUGAGCCGCAUCUUGCUAGGGUUUUACAUUUCGUAAGCUUCGUCCACUCUCCUUCGACAUCUGAGCCAACUGUUGUCCGAAUCCUCUCUUCGAUCUUUGAUUCAGAUUUCAACAUGGAGUCGUGUAGUCAAUAAGGUUUUUCCCUCUCGAAAAAUCCGUAAAGCUCUCGUAUUUGAUUCGCUUUCACCGGACCUGAGAUGGCGACUGUGAACCCGUUUGAUCUCUUGGGAGUUGACGCUGAGGAUCCGAGCCAGAUUGUUGUGGCUUUGCCCAAGAAGGUCGAGACAGCUGCUCCUGUGUUGCCUGCUAAGGCAGCUAAGUCUCAGACCAAACAGGCUCCUCCUUCUCAAUCUGUGAGGGAGUCAAGGAAUACUCCUUCAGGAAGUCGUGGUGGAACUGGCGGUCGUGGGGCUCCUCGUGGUUCAUUUAACCCGGGUGGAAACAGACCUUAUGAUCCGAAAGAUGGACCAAAGGAUGGGGAAAGAAAUGGUGGGUUCCGUGGAUACCGCGAAAGUGGUGGUCGCGGAGGUCACGCUGGUGGAUUUGCCAAUGGUAAGACAGGUGAUGUGGAACGCCCAAAGAGGGUCUACGACCGCCGUAGCGCAACAGGUCGUAGUAAUGACCUGAAACGAGAGGGUGGUGGUCGUGGAAACUGGGGUACUCCUGAAGAUGAUAUCCCACCACCAACCGAGGAGCCCACAACAGAGGUUGAGAAGAGCCCUGUUACUGAGAAGGAAGGUGGUGAGGAUGACACCACUGAUGCAAAGAGAGACGCUCCUGCGGAUGAGCAAGAGGAGAAAGAACCUGAAAACAAGGAGAUGACAUUGGAAGAGUAUGAGAAAAUUCUGGAGGAGAAGAAGAAAGCUCUGCAAGCCACAAAGGUUGAGGAAAGGAAAGUUGACACCAAAGUGUUUGAGUCUAUGCAACAGCUCUCUAACAAGAAGGCCAACAAUGAGGAAAUCUUCAUCAAGCUGGGAUCCGACAAGGACAAACGCAAAGAUGCUUCUGAGAAAGAAGAGAAGGCCAAGAAGUCGUUGAGCAUUAACGAGUUUUUGAAGCCGGCUGGUGGAGAGAGGUACAACCCAAGAGGUGGGUACCGUGGAAGAGGAGGUCGUGGACAGAGAGAUGGAGGAGGUCGCGAUGGUCGUGAACAGAGAGAUGGAGGAAACCAAAGGCAUGGUGGAGCACCUGCUCCGGCGAUCGGAGACAGUGCUCAAUUCCCAUCGUUGGGCAAGUAGACCCCUGUUGGUCCUUGAGCCUCUAUCUAUCUCUUUACUCUUUUUUUAGUUUGAUUUUUGUUCUUAGUUCUGUCAUUUUUGUUACACUUUCUCUACAAAACAAGUUUGGAGACUUUGAAGUUAUGAUGGAUCUGAACUCGUUAGUUUCAAAUUCUGUUAUUAGGGACAUAAUUACAAUCAUCUAAAGUGAAAUGUUUAUUGGAAAUGCA